GUUCGCGAUGCACGGGGCGCUGCGCGCUGGGGCGGCGCCGGCGGCGCAGCAGGGGAGCGGCCCAGCUGCGCGCGGGCCCCCAGCCACGUGCAAGACCAUUGUGACGGGCACGGGCCCGCUCGUCUUCGACCUCACCAUGGAUUGGUUCCUCCACCCCGCGCCGCUCCCCAACCAGAGGCACGGGGUGCCCCUGGCGCUGUUGGCGAGCUCGGCGCUGGCGCUGGCUG